CAAUCAACACGAAAUACAGUUGACAUCUCUAAAAGGUAUGUUGGAUACUCGAAGAAGGUGUCUAUUCCUAGCAAGGAGUUUACAUCUUCACAACCGAUUUUUAUCAAAGCUAAUCACUUUAACGAGCAUCAAAAGUCACAGAAAGGACCAUCGUGGAAUGUGGGUGAGGAGGAAGAUGAGGAUUACGAAAUGGAAGAUGAUGGUGAAUACGAUCCCAGUGACCAAGAUUACAGUGAAGAUGAAGUUGGGGACGCAUCUGAGGUACCAGCUGCCACUGAAUUUGACAAUCAGGCAGAAAACUUAGUACAUAAGAGAACAAGGGGUCCAACAAAAUGCAAGGCAAUUCAUGCUCGAGAACUUGAAAAACGUGAGACUAUAAUUAUCAAUGAAUUUGGACAACCUAUUCAAAAUGAUAAGAUUUGCAACCAAUUCAGUAGUUUCUUGGGAAAUGUGGCUCGAAGCAGCAAGUUUCUCCCUCUUAAUUAUGUUUCAUGGCCUCAUGUUCCAAAAGAAAAGAAGCUGAAAGUGAUG